CUCCCCCCUGGUCUCUCUGUUCCUAACUCGGCCUCCAUCUUUUGGUACACUCUGACAACCCUUCCUCAAGGAUUGGUGUCUAAGACUCUACCAACAUGUCUCAAUCGGACCGUGGGAGGCACUCGAUGAGCCGCAGGAAACCCGUGCCGAAGUUCAUCCCGUCGCCGCCGCCUUCUCCACCCUCUUCGCCAGGGGCACCUUUUGGGCAAAUAUCAUUUGCUUCUGGUUCCUUGGCACAGACGGACAUGCCACCGCUCCCUGAGGAUUGGCGUGAUGUCAUUGACAGGAUGGUUUCGAAAGAGAGACAUUCGACCUUACCUACAAAUAACACGAUUGUCGACGGAGACGUUUUGGUCAGCGAUACUGACGGACAGAUAGAAGGCGAAAGGCAGUCUCAGGCUAGCACAGAAUUUGGAACGACCAGAAGUUUCAGGUUCGCUCCACCUUCUCCUUGCGAGACUUGUGAUGGGGAAGCUGUACCUCGCCCUGACUCUCCCACACCCUGGUCGAGACCAGUAGGCAAGCGCAGGGGCCAGGCAGAAUAUCGGCCCCCGACACCUCCUCUGCCACGUCAGCACUCACGAUCCCCAACGUCGUCUGCCGAGUCUCCGACCGUGGCGACCUCACACGAAGUAAGUGAGGGGAAAAUGGCACUUAUGUCUUUACCAAAAGCCAUCGAUCUCAAGCCGCGUAGCUUGCCUCCGAUUCCUACUUACAACAGGUGCAAGCCAACUAUAUCACCUCCGCUCCCCGCACCCAGGCCGGUGCGGCCUUUGCCUGAUGUGCGCAAAGUGCCCCUCCCGACUCCGCCGCCUUCCUGGUCUACCCAUGAGUAUCCCAUAUCACGUUGCCCGUCAAACCGUGGUUUUGUCUCGUCGGAAAAGGUUUCGCCUACUUUGCGUUCCGCGAGUCCUACGCAAACACCCUCACCCUCUACACCAUAUUCCGAAAAGAACUUCUCUCGCUCAACGCAGGCGACUAGUGUGAAAAGUGGGCAACAUCCUCAUAAUCCAUCUGUAGAACAGGUGCGCAUAAAGAAUGAGGUGUCUACUGUGUCGAAGAACCUACCUGCUAGGCCGGGUACUCUUCGGCAGGCACUGGCACGAGGAUUGAACGGUUUGAAGCGAUGGCGCGCGUUGGUCGCCUCGGCGAUUUUGUGCCGGUCAUAAACGCCCCCCCCUUUUUUUAUUAUUGCAUCUCUCCUUGGGACUAUGGAAAGUUAUAGCACAGCAUAUUAUACUAUGACACACAAGUUUUACUCAUGCAUUGUCUCAUCCUGGGCGCCGGUACUAGGUAAUUGAUAGUAAUCGUGUUUAUUUACACAAUAGCGUUCCUACUUGGUCCGAGCUGGUAAUAGCGAGGCGUGCAAGCAC